AUGCCAAGUGCAACUACUGUAUAUACAGAUGAUGUAAACACAAAUAGGGUAAGUGGUGCCUCAAACAUACAGGCUGGGGCGGAAUGUGGCGGUAGUUUAGCUUGUUUAGUCCACUAAUCCUGGUUGUUCAAAAGUUGGAUAGCGUUAGCUAUCCACCCGAUGAAUCACUUUCGAACGGAUCAGUAGUACGAAGACCAAUUUCUUUAUCCACUCGAUAGUGAUUUAUCCAGUGGAUAGUGUUACCCACCUUUUGAACAACUGGAGCCUGAAGGAGUAUAUUUCUUGUAGUUCACACCAUGUGUGAGGCCCAGUUAUUCUGGGGAAAAAUAAAAAAGCCAGUCUAUUAAUUGUCAUUUUCUAAGCUAAAUCUGAAAAUCACUACUAGAGACAAAAAUGGUGCAUUUUUUUGGCCUUCAGGAAAAGGUUUGAAUGAGAAAAGCGGUAAAGUCGUCGGAGGCAAUUUUGUGGGGAAUUGAUUUUGGUACCAAAAUAAAAGGAAAAUAAAAGUGGUAGAUGAAGAUACUGAAAUUAUCAAUUAUCUUUGGGUUUUAUUUUUUAGGUUUCCGUUGUUUCAAGUCCUCAAAUAAACCGCGCAUAUCAGUCAGACGACCAAGAGCUGUACAGAGAACUCAGCUUCCAAGAAGCGCGUAAGUGUCCAUACUUUACUGCAUGUACGAGGGUUUAGGGAGGUCUCUAAUCCAACGUGUUUAUUUCAAUCUCCCUCGGUGGGCAUGGAAGGCCGUAUUCCCAUGAUGGUAGACCUGUCUCUCGGGCUAACGUCUCUCAAACUUAAGUAAGGAUGCUUAACAAUUAUUCCUCGAGCCCGAAUGGGCUAUUGACUCAAAGGCCAUGAGGGCGAAAGGAAUAAUUGUUUUAGUAAAAUCCAACUAGUUGGUCAAAAAUAUCGAGACAAAACAACUUUAGGUAGCAGAACGCGAUUCAGUUGCCACUGUUUUGGUUUUCAAAGCCGGCGCUUUUCGCUACCAGUGGGCUAUAACAUAUAGCCUAGUAAUAACUCAACCAAUCAGAACGCAGCAUUGAUAAUAGACCACUAGGUGACCACUAGUUAUUAGGGAAGUCCGAUCAGGCCUGGCAGACGAAAACUUCCUCACGCGUGAUAGCUUUCAGGAGUGCGUAUCAAGAAAGGUCUUUAGGCCUGAAUUGUACAUAAUUUUUCAUUUUGGUACCCUGCAUCAUUUAAAAUCAUGGCCAAGUGGCAUUUUCUGUGCAUGUACUAUAAAAUUUGUUCACUAAGUGAGCCAAAAUCCGCGGCCGAUUUCAGAAGAUGGUGUGUAGUCACUUGCUGACAUUUAAGUACAUUCUUUGCACCGUCUGGAAGUCCGGUGGAUACCCUGAAGGUGCCGAGGGUUUUUCUUUGUAGUAAAGAAUACAUACAUGAUACCAGUGUUAAAUACGGACAGGUGUUUCAUAAGUGGAGCCUGCUGGCGUGUCGGCACUUCAACAAAACAGGUCCUCUCAAGUCUUCAUGCGUCCUCUGUCUUCUUAGACAGAUCAGUCUUAAUUCAGUUACAAAUUAAAAUGAGCUUUAAAAAGUCAGGAUCCACUAAGCUGCGAUUAGUAGUACAUCAAGGGCUAAAUUGCUGUUUUGCCAUAAAUCGUCUCUUGAUGAUAGCUUGGAAAAACAGUGGUGUUGUCACAUCAGGCCCAUUUCUGAACGGCAUAACCCCUUCAACUUCCGUCUGAUUAUAAGACAAAAAACAUUGAUAAGGCAACAAAAUUAUUCCUUUACUUCAAGCAGUUCAUUUGAUAUGCUUCAUUUUGAAUCUUUUCAGCAAUAUAUGCCCCUUACCAAAGACAGGAUAUCCAGCAAUGCGCAGCAACCACCAAGGAAGAUCACUACGCACAGUUGAACAUUCCAGAAGAUCAACACAUUUAUGGACUUGGAGAAACCGAGGAGCCAACGUAUAAUGUACUAGAGGAACAUGUUUCUGACAGAGGAGUUAUAUAUGAGAAUUACGAAUUCUCCGAAAAGGAAGAGGCCGACACAGUGUACAAUGUCUUAGAGGACCCUUCUGAUGAUAGGUCAGAGGGUCCUGAUCCUGAUGGUGCCAUUUGCGAGGAUGGUCCUGUUUAUAAAAAUGUUUCCCGUCAGUCAUCUCAAGUUUGCAAAACGAGGUCGCAUAAGGAUUCUGAACUAACAAAUGAACUAGAUUAUAACAAUACGAAAGAUACUCUCUAUCACAACGAUACAGCGGACGAUGAUUUUGUUACGAAGGAUAAUGUCCGUAGUAUUCUUAGGACUUUGAGUAGGAUUGAGCAAUAG